CAUCCAUUCAUAGUUGAAUUAGUAUAUGCUUUUCAAACUGGAGGCAAAUUAUAUUUAAUUUUAGAAUAUUUAAGUGGUGGAGAACUUUUCAUGCAUUUGGAGAGAGAAGGUAUUUUCCUUGAAGAUACUGCUUGCUUUUAUUUGUCAGAAAUAAUUCUGGCAUUGGAACAUUUACAUAGUUUAGGUAUAAUUUAUCGAGACCUCAAACCAGAAAAUGUUUUAUUGGAUGCUCAGGGUCAUGUUAAACUAACUGAUUUUGGAUUAUGUAAAGAACAUAUUCAAGAGGGCAUUGUCACACAUACAUUUUGUGGUACAAUUGAAUAUAUGGCACCAGAAAUUUUAACAAGGAGUGGACAUGGGAAAGCAGUAGAUUGGUGGAGCUUAGGCGCCUUAAUGUAUGAUAUGUUGAUUGGUCAGCCACCGUUUACCGGCGAUAAUCGCACUAAAACAAUAGAGAAAAUAUUGAAAGGGAAACUUAUGUUACCUGCUUACCUCACACAAGAUGCACGCGAUUUGAUAAGACGUCUUAUGAAGCGUUCUGAGACCCAACGCUUAGGUGCCACGGGUGCCGCAGCGGUGCGUGGGCACGCCUUCUUCAAACACGUACAUUGGGAUGAUGUAUUUAAUAGAAGACUGGAACCUCCGAUGAAACCAAUACUAUCAAGUGAAGAUGAUGUAUCACAAUUUGAUACAAGGUUUACUUUACAAACACCUAUAGAUUCACCUGACGAAUCAACUCUUAGCGAAAGUGCCAAUCUUAUGUUUCAGGGCUUCACUUACGUGGCACCUUCAGUAAUGGACGAGAUCCACAAGCCACGAGUGAUCACGGCGCGUUCCCCGAGGAGGCCACGGCCGCAACACCACAGCGCUUUCGCCGUGCCGCCCUCAUCCACCACGCAAGCGCUGCAGGAGGACCUCAUGGAUGUACAAGGUCUACCUAUAUAG